AUGGAGUUUAAAUUAAGAAAUGAAUAAAUGAUAGCAUAUCAUAGAAAUCGAGAAGACUAUGAACCUUAACCAGAAGAUUGUUUACAAUUUGCUUAUGGUGAUCGGAGAUAUGUGAAGAUGACAAACUAAAUAUUUGCAAGUGAAAAUGUUUUGAAACUGAAGAAUUUAGAGGAAAUUAAUGAAGAUUUGUAAUUUGUUUCUAUUAAUAAAAUGAUUAUAGCCAUAAAGGAGAUUUUAUAACAUUGGCUUUAUUAUCAAGUGAUAUUUUGGAUGUUUUAAUGAGCCACUUGUCUAAUUCUCAUGAGUAAAUACGAGAACUCUCUUCAAGUGCCAUAGUAAAAACGUUAUAAUAAAUAUUAAGGUGUUAAUAAGUUCAAUAAAAUUUGGAAGAGAUAAAAUAAUGGAAAAGUGUUAUGUUCCUACAAUUAUGAAACUUCUAAAUGAUUAAAUAGUUAACAUUAGAAAAAAUGGAUAUUAAAGUUUAUUAAAUAUGACAGAGUUUUAAUAAGGUAAUUGUAAUGAUAAUUAUUAUUUGUAGGAGUUGAUCAUGUAUAUUCAUAAGGAAUUUUAGUGCCAUUAGUUAAUAAAUUAGUUGAGGAAAGUGUUGAGGAUUUAUUGAUUUUAGAUUUGCAGUUAUUAGAGAAAAUAUUGUAUUGUGGAGAUGCUUAAGUUGAAAUACUAAAAACAUAGGCAAUUAAAAGAUUGACUUAACUUUUAAAAAGAACUAAUUUUAAGUUAAGAUCUUUAGCUUGCAAGAAUUUGGCUUGUAUUUCGUAUGAUUCAAAUGGAAAAUUAGAUGUUAUUAAUUAAGGAUGUGUUCUUGAAUUAUGCUCAAGAUUAUUAGAUGAUCAUAAUGAAGUCAUUACUAAUGCAACAAUGGCUUUGGCUAGUUUGGCAUAGCAUAAUGAAUGCAAAUUUUAAAUGAUGGAUAAUAAUAAACUAGAUAUUGUUAUUAAAUUGCUAGAUCAUAAUGAUCAUCAAAUCAAAUUGAAUAGUGUUUAAUUAGUAACAAGUCUUGCUGAACAUCCAAAAGGUAGAAAAGAAUGUUAUAAAUGUUUACCUACACUUCAAAACUUUUCAACUGAUACUUAAUAUGAAUAUAUUAGGCCCUAUGCUAUAUAAGCCAUUGAAGUCAUUAAAUGGGAACCUUGA